AUGGUCUUCCGGUAUGCCAUAUUGGGUGAUCAUUGGCUUCCUCCGACUGCCACAGCGCCCAGCAGCAGCAGCAGUAGCGUCAGCACGACCAGGGCGUCUCUCCGCGUGCUUCAGGAGCGCACACCCGCUCGGUACACGCAGAAACAGUUUCUGGGGCGGCCGAGCUCCACACCCGCUAUCGCUUCUGACUCUUCCUACUCCAGAGAGAUGGCAGCUAUCAAAACGGAGCUGCUCCUUUCAACCCUGCAGAUCUCGGAGCCUCUUUCCGGGUUCCCGCAGCCUCUCUCCCCGCUGGACGGGUACCCGAAGCUGGAAGACCUGCAGAUGCUGCUGCAGAACGCCGCGGGCGGAGGCUCGCUGAUGGCCAUGUCCGCAGCGGAGGUGGGGCUGCUGAGCACAGAGCCCGGGGAGUACGGAGGUGAGGAGCAGGUGGUGGUGGUGGAACUCCUGCCGCCCUCUUUGGUGUUGCCACUGCUCCCAGACUACAUCCUGUCACAGCAGCAGGACACCAAUCUUGGCCUGAGCCAGGACCAGAAGGCUGUGCCACCACAGAAUGUGAACCCACCACCGCCACUCACGCCACUCUCCACCAUCAAAGCCUUCUCCUCCCAGAUCCAAACUCAGCCUCAGGCCUCCACCUACCAUGCCCAGGUCACCAAGUGCAGGCACAGCAGGCAGUCACCUACAGGCCAACAGUACAAGACGCCGCCUCAUGAGCGUCCAUACGUCUGUCCUGCAGAAAGCUGUGACCGGCGUUUCUCACGCUCUGAUGAGUUGACGCGUCAUGUGCGUGUGCACACAGGCCAGAAGCCAUUCCAGUGCCGCAUCUGCAUGCGCAGCUUCAGCCGCAGCGACCACCUGACCACACACAUUCGCACGCACACAGGAGAGAAGCCGUUUGCCUGCACCGAGUGUGGGCGUAAGUUUGCCCGUAGCGAUGAGCGCAAGAGGCAUGCCAAGAUACACCAGAGACGGCGGGACCGCAAGACUGACAGGAACCCCGCCAAGACCCCUGCCUCCUCUCCCUGCUCCACCCACUCCUCUCCCCCUCACAGCUCCUCCUUCUCACUCUCCUUGCAGGCCGCCUCCCCCUGCUUCAGCUCCUCUUCCUCCUCACUGUCGCACGUCUACUCCUUCUCGCCGCCCCCCCACCUUUGCUCCUCCCCUCAGUAGCAGCUACCCUCCCUCCACAGCUCCAACAUGACCUUUGACCUCAAUCUGAGCCUCUGUCUGGAACAGUUUCACAAAUCUGAUGAGAAACUAUAGUUUGAAGGUCAAAGGUCAACGAGGUUUUCCUGUGUGGAAACUGUUUAACAGACUCAGCUGUUGCUUCAUUUUGAGCCUUUUCAGCCACCAUAGCCAAUGCAAACACCUCUGACAGCAGCCGCUAAAACUGGCUGGACAUGAGCUUAAACCUUCAGUCAUGAAAAAAAACUCUCAGGACAAAACUGCUGAACUAAAGAAGCUUCACUUUUAUGUGAAGAGUGUGGUGUACACACUAAUGCAGAUAUGAGUAUUUUUGUAGUCGGAAUGUCUGUACAUGAUGUUUACAUGUAGUAUAGUGUACAUACGUGAGCAUGUAUGUAGUUUUUACCUACUGAGUAGGUUCUGGGACAUUUGUAAGUUUACAUGCGGGUCAGUGUUUGGUUUUAUACUGAAUGUGUUUCCUCUUUAAAGCAAAGAGCUAGGAAAAUAAAAUGUAAAACUCC